AUGGACUUGGAAGAGGAGAACCCCAGGGUGGAUCUGAGCCUUUCUCCAACAACCUGCCUCUCUGAGAAGCCACAGCAGUCUCCAGGGAACACGUUACCUCCCCAGCAAGGUGUUUUCCCAUCCUCCCCAAAAGAGUCAGCCGUGCUGGCUCUGCAGCCGUUGCUGCCAGCCCCUCCACCCCUACCCCCUGGAUCCAAGAUGCUCCCACCACCCCUUCCCAUGCCUGGCAAAAACGCCCUGCUGCUCCCACCACCUCCUCUGUGCAGUACUCCUGACUGCAACCAUCUUGCCUGUGGAUGCGCCGGGCAGCCCUACCCUAAGAAGGCAAAGACACCAACACUGAAGAUGAAGGUGUUUCACUGGCAGAAGCUCCCCUCUGAUGUGGUGAGACAAAGCCGCUCCAUGUGGGCUGCGGUGGCGGGUGGCAGCGAGGAGCUUGUAGAGCCUGACUACGCCAGCUUGGAGAUACUUUUCUGUGUUCCAUCAGCUGCACCUCAGGAGAAAACUGGGCCAAAACCAAAGAAACCGAAAGAGAUCACAUUCAUAGGCCUAAAGAAAAGUCUUCUUCUGAAUAUAUUUCUGAAGCAAUUUAAGUGCUCCAAUGAAGAGAUUGCUGACAUGAUUCAGAAAGGGGAUGGCUCCAAGUUUGAUGCUGAGAUACUAAAACAGCUACUUAAACUGCUGCCCGAAGACCAUGAGAUAAAUAGCCUGAAAUCUUGCAGAGAGGAAAAAUCAGAACUAGCAAAUACAGAUCAAUUUUAUCUCCAUCUCCUGGAAGUUCCUAGCUACCAGUUGCGGAUUGAAUGUAUGCUGAUUUGUGAGGAAACAAAAAUUCUGCUGGAUUGUCUGUGGCCAAAAGCACAAGCAAUCAGGAGAGCCUGUGAAACCCUUCUUACUAGUCACCGGCUGCCAAUUUUCUGUCAGUUGAUUCUUAAAGUUGGAAACUUUCUGAACUAUGGGCAUCACACUGGAGAUGCUGGAGGUUUUAAAAUUAGUGCCUUGCUCAGACUAACAGAGACAAAGGCAAACCAAAGCCAUGUUACUCUGCUUCACCAUAUUUUGGAGGAGGUUGAAAGAAACCACACAGAUUUGCUGCAGCUUCCUGGUGAUCUUGACUUUGUUUCCAAGGCAGCAGGAAUCCACUUUGAAGUUAUGCAGGCUGAAGCAGGUGCCAAUGUGAAGAAACUGUUGGAAAUAGAGAAGCGUUUACUCUUGUCAACAGAUGAUUUAAAAAUGCAGCAUGGAAAAUCUGUUCAAGGCAGUAUUAGCGCUUCAAAGGACCUGCAGAAGGAGUUUGCCAACAUCGAAAAGAAGAAAGAACAACUUGCUGAUUAUCUGUGUGAAGACCGAAAAAAACUAUCCUUGGAAGAUCUAUUUAUCACAAUGAAAACCUUCAGGGAGCUCUUCCUCAAGGCCUUACAGGAAAAUCAAGAAAGAAAAGAGCAAGCUGCAAAGUCUGAGAAAAGGAAGAAACAACUUAAAGGUGAAGAAGCAAAGAGACCAAAGGGAGAGUAUGGAAAUAUCAGUACAUCUAACAAAAACUAAUCCUGGAUUUAUUGACCUGUCUUUUGCUAAUCAGGAGGAAUUUAUCUGUUUAGCUAUGGAUGAUGUAACACAAUGACAGUGAUUUAGCAAUGGUUGGCGUAGCUGUCAAGCUGACAGUGAAAAAUACUGUAAGAUAGGAUAGUAGGUCAUCAAUUUUCAAGUUCAUGUGAAUGUUCAGAAGAGAUCAUGAUAGAGAUGUUAGAAAAAAUAUCACUUCCAAAGAGCAAGUUACUAGCAUUUUGCUAAGAGGUGGAUUGCUCCGAAUAGUUGUUUGCAGGCUUCUAGGUACGUAGAAAGGUUCCAUGGUUCUGAACUUUAAGCUGCCUUGUGGCACUGUGGGAGGCAAGUUGAGUCACGUGUUACUGUUACCACAGUUUUUUGCUCUUCUCUGAUUAGAGUUCUGAUUCCUUAAAGCGGUUUUGUGUGUGCUUAACUGAGAGUCUGCGCUUUGCUGAAGAAUGGCAGACUGACAUAAAAGUUUUUACCAUGCAGGGCCUCGCUGGGUGUGAAGCACUUCUGGUGUUAACAUUUGCGUGCGUACAUUUUAGAGUUCCACUUUGGCAAAUACCUGACACUCGCUUUUCAUGAAGAUUUGUGUCGAAAACAUUUAGUUACGAUUCUUGAUCCUUCAGAGAACAAUUGCCGGAAAGGCAUUAACUGUGAGUGGAGUUUAUGCAAAUAUUGCAUUGGUUGCUCACCCCUUGGAAGGCUUGUGCUUGUUUCUCAUUGUCACUGUUGUCUAAAUAAAUGGUCUUCUUUUAGCCUCUGUUUCACAGUUACUGGUCUUUAGAAGUGUGUUUUUAAAUAUAUAUAAAUAUAUUGAAAACUGACCAAAACAAAGUUUUCAAUACUGCUGAACAACCUGUACUGUGAAUAUUUUACUUAUUUUGCAAUUAUAAUAUUCUCAAUGUAAAGCUGAAAAUUAAAACAAUAAACCUUUUUGUUGU